CCAAACAAGACCAGACGGAGUGUGUUGUUCAAGUUUGCUGGUACGUUUUUCUGCUUACAUUCUGUAAAGUUUCGAACUUUUGCGAUGGAAAACUUCACUUUUGCAAUCAAUCAACCGGUGAAAAGUGUGAAAAACUACUUGCUCUAACAGAUGCGCCCGAGGUUAAGUAAAACUUUUCUAGUGAUCAGCCUGAAAGGUUAAAUUUUCUUUUGAGUGCUACGCUAGUGUUACAGUGGAAAAGUGGUUGAAGGUUAAGCGUGCUUUUUUAAGGAAAAAAAGUUAUCCCAUCCAGGGGCUAGCUAAGAGCAGUAUUUUGCUUGAUCUUCCCAAAGUGUCACGAAAAAUACCAGAACCAUUAACGGUAGCAGAUAGCAACUAACUUCACACACAGAGCAAACCGACAUCGGAAAAAUGCCAUCGCUAUGAAGCGUGGCCGUGCGGAAGAGAUACAUUUCGGGCAGCCACCGCGAGCCGGGGGGACUGCCCCUCAUCAGCGUCUUAUUACGACAACCCAGCCGCACAAUGCUGGACCUACGAUACAGUACCAGAUAUCGCCGAACGUCAUCAAGACAACCACACCGGCCGCCAAUCUGAGUCAGCAGCAACAGCCCCCGCAGACUCAACCACAGACAGUAUCAUCCCAACAAGCGCAGCAACAACAGCAGCAGGUUUCCCAGCAGCCUGCACCGUCCCCACAGCAGCAGGCCAGUGUUCAGUAUACAACAACUUCGUACACCACCAACAUUGGUAGUACGAAUCUGGUCAAAACGACAGGCCACACUCAACAACCGCCGGUACCGCAAUCGACCCAACAAAUCCACGUAGUGAACACCAGCAAUCAGGUGCGUGGCAGCCAUAAGGGGACGACUAAUGUAACCACCGGCACCGGACAGGUUCUAACGACAAUGCCCACGAAUGUUAUUCCAACCUCUCAACCCCAGCCGCCACCGCCGCCUCCCCAGGGGCAGGCUCAGUUCCAGCGGCUGAAGGUCGAAGAUGCGCUCAGCUAUCUGGAUCAGGUCAAGUUUCGUUUCGGCAACCAACCGCAAGUCUACAACGAUUUCCUCGAUAUCAUGAAGGAAUUUAAAUCUCAAAGCAUCGACACACCGGGAGUCAUCAAGCGAGUGUCGAACCUCUUCAAAGGUCAUCCCGAGUUGAUUGUCGGCUUCAAUACAUUUUUGCCACCUGGCUACAAAAUCGAAGUUCAAGCCAACGAUCAGGGUUACGCCUUUCAAGUGUCUGUUUCGGUGCCAUCGACGUCCGUUGGAACGGCUGUGGCUCCGCAGCCCUCGCCGCACGAAUACAGCACCAUUUUCCAGGGUGUCGGUCAGAUAGCGCAAACCGGAAACACAGCUGUCAAUUUAAUGACCUACGGAGGUCAUACCACGGCACACACAACCACUAUCCAGCCAGCCGGAGCGGGAGCAGUUCCAGCAUCGCAAAAUUCCAACGUAAGCAGUAUUUCCUCGAUUCCUCAAUCGCCGCAAAAUUUCUCACGAGACCGCGAGCGAACAAUUUCCGGCGGAAGCGGAGGCCAACCGCUGCCCCCAAGCAGUAGCGGUCCCGUUACUUCCGUUGCCCCGGAUCCUAGUGCAAUGAGCAGCCAGCAGCAAAAUCUCCACCGUAUGAUCUCCCAGCAGGUGAUUUCUCAUCAACCGCAGCAGCCACCUCCACCGGAUCCAUCGCCCGUCGGUAACGCUGCGACUCCGAAUCAACCGGUCGAGUUUAACCAUGCCAUCACCUAUGUGAACAAAAUCAAAAAUCGUUUCCAUGCGCAGCCGGAAAAGUACAAACGUUUCCUAGAAAUUUUGCAUACCUAUCAAAAGGAACAGAAAAUCUACAAAGAGGGUCCACCCGGCAGCUGCAAUGUAGGUGCUAAGCAAUUGACCGAAGCCGAAGUUUACACACAGGUGGCUAAGCUAUUCGAUAACCAGGAGGAUCUGUUGCGUGAGUUCGGUCAAUUUCUUCCGGAUGCAACCAGUCAUGCUCCGUUGCAUGUCAAUAAAAAUCACACAAUGCAUGAGCCGGUGCAGCCUCCUCCGUCACAGCAAACCCAUGGCAAGAAAAUGUCCGGCAGUAUGAUGAGUGCCAAUGUUAAGGCUUUCAACAGCUCCCACCAGGCGAAUCUGGCCCGAUUACAGGAACGCGAUUAUGGUCCGAGCGAGAAAGAUUACGCCUCUGGUGGUUCAGUUGGCGGAACUGGACGUGGAGGCGGCAAUGUUGGAAUCGAGAAAGAACCACGCAAUCAUGUUAGCAAUCAAAAGUAUUCGCAUAAUACUUCCGGCAUGGGUCACGGAGUCCAGAGCGGUGGCGGUGCUGUCAAAAGGUCUCCUUCGUCGUACUCGCAAAUGGGACCACUCGGUCAUAACAUGCCUGCAAGAGAUCGCGAUGGUCCUCCGAUUAAACGACACAAACCGAUCUGUCGGGACAUUACGCUAGCCGAAGCGUCUAAAUUUGGCACCUUGAACGAUUACGCAUUCUUCGACAAGGUGCGGAAGGCUCUGCGUAGUCCGGAUGUGUACGAGAACUUUUUGCGCUGUUUGACUUUGUUCAACCAGGAAAUCGUUUCGAAGUCGGAGUUGCAAACGUUGGUCACGCCGUUUCUCAGUCGGUUUCCGGAUUUGCUGAAAUGGUUCCAGGAUUUCCUUGGACCAUCGACCGUUCCCGAAUGUGUACCCCUGGCUUCGGCCCAACGACAAGAUCGAUCUCAAAGUGAACUUGCGACCGACAUUGAUCUGUCGACCUGUAAACGUCUCGGUGCCAGCUAUUGUGCUCUUCCGAAGUCGCACGAAAACGUCAAGUGCUCCGGUCGUACCAAUCUGUGCAGAGAUGUGCUCAAUGACACGUGGGUAUCAUUCCCCACGUGGGCGGAAGAUUCCACCUUCGUCACGUCACGGAAAACGCAAUACGAGGAGUUCAUCUAUCGCUGCGAGGAUGAACGGUUUGAGCUAGAUGUGGUGAUUGAAACCAACAGUGCAACGAUACGGGUGCUCGAGGGUGUCCAGAAGAAGCUCAGUCGAAUGUCACCGGACGAGGUAAGCAGAUUCCGGCUGGAUGAAUGUCUUGGCGGAACUUCGCCUACGAUACAUCAGCGGGCCCUGAAGAGAAUCUACGGCGAUAAGGCGGCCGACAUCAUCCAGGGGUUGAGGAAAAAUCCGGCUGUGGCCGUUCCGGUUGUACUGCGACGAUUGAAAGCCAAGGAGGAAGAGUGGCGCGAAGCGCAGAAGGGCUUCAACAAGCAAUGGCGCGAGCAGAACGAAAAGUACUAUCUCAAGUCACUGGACCACCAGGGAAUCAACUUCAAACAAAACGACAUCAAAGCGCUUCGAUCGAAAAGUUUGUUCAAUGAAAUUGAAACUCUUUUUGAUGAGGUGAGUUACAUGAAGCGCCAUGAGCAAAAUGAGGUGGGUGCCAUCGCCAAUCCGCUCACCAGUGGACCGCAUUUGAUAAUACCUUAUAAGGAUAAAACCAUACUGGAUGAUGCCGCGAAUCUCCUGAUUCACCACGUGAAACGACAAACGGGCAUCCAGAAGCAGGAGAAGGGUCGCAUAAAGCACAUCCUGCGGCAGUUUGUGCCGGAUCUGUUCUUUGCCCCCCGUCAGCAGCUUAGCGAUGACGAACGGGAAGAGGAUAUGGAUGUUGAUCAAGAGAACGAUGAAGAAGGGAAAACAACAGCGAAAAAUGGCAAUAAAAAUAAUGGAAGCAAUGGUACGAACAGCCCCGCUGGCGGAAAUGGCAACGGAAAUAGUACAGCUGACCAGAGUAAAGACGCCACUGGUUCGAAAGUUAAGGAGGAAGUCCCAGACAGUACAAGUACGGCGGGUGCCAGCAAAAGUUUGUCAACCGCUGCAAGCAGUAGUGGUACAUCCGACAGCACUACAGCAGGCGCAUCGGCCGGAUCGGUGGCUGCUGCUAGCACGGGUGCCAGUAGUCCAACUUCAGCACCUGCGAUGGCAAUCGCCGCUAGUGGUGCUGGUGGCGGCGGUAGCGAUACCGCUACUAGUGCGAAACGAGACUCAACAGAAGACAGUGGAAAGGAGAAUUCUUCAACCGACGAUGCCAUCAAGGUGGAGAUUAAACAGGAAAACGAUGCGGAUCUGCCGGGUUCAUCGGCAGCAGCCGGCGGGGCGGCAACACAAUCCGGUCCGUCGUCGCAAUCGUCCGCGAAUCCACCGCUGCCAGCGCAUGCCAUCAGUAAACAUUUGGAAGAAGCAUACACGCUCUUCUUCACCAACAACAACUGGUACCUAUUCCUGCGGUUACACGCGAUCCUGUGCGAACGGUUGCGAACCAUCUACGAGCGGGCGCAGAUCAUUGCGACCGAGGAGAGGGCCUAUCAGAGCACGCGUACUAACAGCACGGCCACGGCGUUGCGAUUGAAACCGAAGAGCGAAAUCAAGGUGGAAGAGUUUUACAUCACCUUUUUGGAGAUGCUGAAGAACGUCCUGGACGGUAACAUGGAAGCCGGCAACUACGAGGACUCCUUGCGAGAGAUGUUCGGCAUUCAUGCGUACAUUGCAUUCACUCUCGAUAGGGUUGUCCAAAACGCUGUACGUCAAUUACAGCACUGCGUCACGGAACGUGGAGCUCUCGAGUGUGUGGAACUUUUCCUUCUGGAACAGCGCAAGGGUGGUGCCGGUGGGCUCUGUCGCACCGCGAAUCGUCGAGUAGCCAACGAAUUAGCGUACCAGCGGAAGGCUGAAAGAGCUCUGCCGGAAGAGAACUGCUUCAAAGUUUACAUUUACAAAAUCGACUGUCGGGUGACGAUCGAACUACUGGACACGGAAACCGAUGAUACAGCGCAGAACUUUAAGAAUGCGCAAAACUUCAGCAAUUACGUCGAUCGGCUGGCCAACCCAGCGGUCGCGGGAACCGGUAGCGAAAGCGGAGCAAGUCUAAAUGUGGAAAUCAAAACCGAGAAGCCGGACGAUGAGUUGAACUACGCCGGAGGUCCUCGGAAAGCACUAUUCUUGCAACGAAAUCUCCGUAGAUGUACACACGCUCCAGACGCUACUGCAGAAAGUAUGCAAACCAGGAAUGCGGCUGCGGGUGCAGAUUCAACAGUUGAAAGUGGUAGCAGCAGUGGCGGUGAUACUAAAUCUCCCCUGGUCAGCGGUGGAACGACGACCACGGGUCCGAAAAACAACAACACGGUCGCUGCUUCUUCCACCGAUGUGGGUGCCAAUAACAAUAACAACAACAAUAACAGCAGUAAAAAGGUGGGAGACGACGCGAUCGUCGCGAUCUGGAACAGCAAAAAUAGAGCCCCACCGGAACGGUUGCCCAGCAGCAACGGGGAUCAAAAUUACUACGUAGACGAUCGGGAGCAGUUUAGGUUGAACGUCAACAACUACAAGAUUAGCUACGUCCAGAACAAGGAUCGCAUCUUCUACAAACGCAAAUCACUACUGAGGGCGAGACAGACUCACCCAACGGUAACGAAAGCCAUGCAUCAGCGCUUCGACACCUUCGUCCAGCGUUGGCUUGACCGGAACGUUAGUGAAGCCCAACGGAACCAGUGCAACGAGUGGUUGCUGGGGUCCCUAUUCGAUCUGGUGAAAAAUGUGACCGUCGUACAACAGAACAACGACAUCAGUCGGACGCCAUACAUGCCGUACAAUCGGUACAAAGUGGAAAAACCGGCUGACCAUUUGAGCUGUUAAAUGAAUGACAUAAAAGCCAAUGGAUAAGUAAGUAGAGUGGAACAGAGGGAGCAUCAUUAUUGCACCUCGGUGAAUCACCGAAACUAUAUGAGAAAGUAUUACAUCCAGAUAAAUACUUUACCGGAUUUGCGUGUGCUGUCGCACUUACUGCGUAGAGCGUUGUAAUUAUUAGUAGCGUGUAAGUGGACAUUUCCUCUUUUUUCUUUUUUGUUUUAAAAGAAAAACGUUUUAUUGUCGAUCUUCCCUUCCUUUUUAUUGAAUUGAUUACUGUGUAAGCAGAGUUUUUAACCUUUAUGAAAACCGAAAAAAAUACAAAAAACUAAUCAACCUGUACAUUUGACUAGUUUAGUGUAGUGGGUUUGCGAAUCGAUAAGAGUUGAACUAUUGAUAAAAAAUAGUUAUAUAAUAUAGACAUUAGAGCUGUAGAGAACUGUUUUUCAUUGCGCUCUCGUGAGAGCUUGUUGAAUUGAAAAAAGCACACUUCCGUUGCGUGUACA